CGUAACAUUGAGCAAUAUUUUUUUAUUUAUUCAUAUUAUUUUGAUAUGUAAAUCUUGAAUAAGAUUGUGUCAUCACUCCAGUGGUUGAAACAAUACACGUUAUACACAAUUUUAUCAAAAUGCCUACUGUUACGCCAGGCAACUUCUUUAAAGACUUACACGGUCUGCAACAACUUAAAGAACAACCUAUAGAAUAUCCAUCAGCUUCAGAGCACAACUUUUAUAAUUUAGAAGAUGUUUUUAAAGACUCAGGUGGUCCGGAGGACCUUAGAAGUCUGGUAUACCUGAAUUAUUUGAAGGAUGUGGUUAAAAAGCAGGUCCUAACUAAAGUAAAAGAUGAUGUGCCUGUAAAUGACCAAGUUUUCAGUUUGGUGAUGGAAGUGCUUGAACAUUAUCAUCACAAAAAUCAAUUGCAUAGUGCAUUGUCAUCAAAAUUGCCCAGCAACGACUUGGACAUCAUGAACAAGGUUUUGGAGUUUCUUAAUGAUAAAAUUCCUGCAGAAUAUUUCAAAAAGAGAACUAAAAAAACUAAACCUGAAAUAAAAGAGUAUGCAAGAGAAAAAGUUGAAUUCAAUCCUUUAUUUUAUGUCCCACUCAGGGAGAACCUGCCUGAAUUGGAUAAAGUUUUUGAAAGUAAUAAGAAAAAAGAUAUUUCUUUAUUGUACAACCAACCACCUGCAGUUCCAUCAACCAGUAAAGAAACAAACUCAGGUUAUCCAUUAGAGACAAUGUUUGAAUGUUACAGAACAGUAAUUCCUAGUUAUGAGUACAAUGAGUUCAAAUCAAUUGUCAGGUCUGAGUUGAGCUCCAAUAAAUCUGAUGAUGAACUUAUGGGAUACUUUUUGGAAACAUUCGGUGCGGGCGCUUUUGAUUUACUGAAUGAAAUCAUUAUGCAUAGGAAAAAGAAAAUUGAUUACGGCGCUCCCACUUAUGUGCCAAAACCUGGACCAAGCUCCAGUAAUCCCACAAUUGCAGGACAAGUUACAGUUCAGUCAGAAAAGGAGAGUAUGUUGUCCAAGAAAUUGAGGAAAAUGGAAAAGAAAGACAGAUCAAAAUAUUCCGCAACUGAAAUUUACGAAGUUGAAAGCGAAUAUGAAAUAGCAAGGACAACGCCAAUAUUCAAGAAGGCUGCUCCACAAAGACUGGAUAAGGAAGAAUAUCCACAUGUGCAUGACCAAAUGAGAAACCACAUGAUAACAACAAAAUUCGAGGGUUAUUCUAUUAGUCAGCCAGAAAAUGCAACCAAGAAAAUCACCAGCGAUUACGCAGAGUUUACCAUUCCUGGAGGUAAGAAGGGCGACAUCAAAGACAUGGAACUGGUCAAAGUCAACACACUUGACACGACUGGAAAACUCGUUUUCCGCGACAUCGAACAGUUCAAUCGCAUCCAAUCCGAGGUAUUUCCUGUUGCUUAUCAUUCUAACGAGAACAUGCUGGUUUGCGCCCCGACUGGGGCGGGAAAAACGAACAUUGCCCUCCUGACGAUCGUGCAUCAGAUCAGGUCCCACAUGGAAGGCAGCCUCAUCAAAAAGAACCAGUUUAAAAUUGUUUACGUGUGCCCUAUGAAGGCUUUAGCCACGGAAAUGGUGGCUAACUUCAGUAAAAAACUGGGCCCCAUAGGCAUCACUGUCAAGGAAUGCACAGGCGACAUGCAACUGACCAAAAAAGAAAUCGCGGAGACACAGAUGCUGGUAACCACUCCGGAAAAAUGGGACGUGAUCACUCGCAAGGGUGCCGUGGACACUGAAGUUGUGGGGCUUGUAAAAUUGCUGAUAAUAGACGAAGUGCACCUUUUAAACGGCAGCAGAGGUCCGGUAAUUGAAGCUUUGGUGGCCAGAACGUUGCGACAAGUAGUGAGCUCCCAGAGCAUGAUAAGAAUCGUCGCACUUUCCGCCACCCUUCCCGGUUAUUUGGAUGUGGCGCAGUUUUUGAAAGUCAACAGCAGGACGGGGCUGUUUUUCUUCGACAACCGGUACCGGUCUGUCCCUCUAACCACCACUUUUGUGGGCGUGAAAAAGAGGAACGAAGUGGAUACUAUGGACAACGUUUGUUACGAGAAGGUUGUCUCGUUUAUUAGGGAAGGACAUCAGGCCAUGGUUUUUGUAACGUCUAGAAAUGCGACAGCCAGUGUGGCUAAAAAAUUAAUAGAGCUGGCACAAGUUAAAGGAACUUUGCCUCUGUUUGCCCCGGAAAAAUCUGUGCAAACAGUUAAAUCCGGCUACAAAAGUGGUGAUCUCAGUUUUUUGAUACCUCAGGGCUUUGGUAUUCAUCAUGCGGGCAUGGUGAGACCAGAUAGAUUAGAAGUGGAACGUCUUUUCAGGAUAGGACAACUGAAAGUGGUAGUGUGUACCACAACGUUGGCUUGGGGAGUUAAUUUGCCAGCACAUGCAGUUAUCAUUAGGGGAACCCAACACUAUGACGCAACUAAAUCCACCUUUGUCGAUAUGGACAUGUUGGACGUACAGCAAAUUUUCGGAAGAGCAGGUCGACCCCAAUACGACACAUCAGGACACGGAAUCAUUAUUACUUCUAUGGCAAAUAUGGCAAAUUAUAUGGGUUUAAUGACAUCACAAGUUCCUAUUGAAAGUCAGUUUUUAACUUGCGUACCAGACAAUUUAAAUGCAGAAAUUGUAUUAGGCACUGUUUCGAAUUUGCGUGAAGCGAUGGAAUGGUUAAGUAACACUUUCCUGUAUUGCAGGAUUAAAAAGAAUCCUUUAGUUUACGGUUUAUCAUACAACGAGAUUUGGGACACCCAUCAAUUUAAUCGUUUCCUACAAACACAACUAGACACAGCCGCAAAAACUUUAGAAAAAGCUCAGAUGAUACGUUUCGACACUUCCCUAGGCGAAUUUAGGCCAACAAACUUUGGCAGAAUUGCCAGUUUUUAUUAUAUAUCUUAUAAAACCAUGGAACUGAUCUACGAAAAGUUUGAGCCGCAUAUUUCAGACGCAGAUCUUCUUUUACUACUCAGCGAAGCUUCUGAAUUCUCCCAGAUUCAAGUAAGGAUGGAUGAACAAGUGGAGCUGGACCGUUUAAGAGAGUGUGACGUUUUCGACAUGAACCUCGACUUCACUACAGUCUCCUCCAAAGUUGUAAUUUUAAUUCAAGCUUACGUAGGCAGAGAAAUUAUACGCGUCUCGUCUUUAUCGUCGGACACGAUGUUUAUUAUGCAGACUGUAACAAGAUUGGCACGAGCGCUCUUCGAGAUCGCCAAAGACAAAGACUACGCGUUACAAGUAACACGCACAUUAAAACUGGCACAACAACUCGAGCUGCAAUUGUGGGAGGACUCCCACCCCCUGUUACAAUUCAAGGAAAUGAUCCAACACUUAAACACGCAUCGAGCCCGCGACAUCCUCAACAUCCCCAUGUAUGAGAUGAAGGAAAUGUCCGAGCGUGAGCUCGAAUCGUUGUUUAGGAGCCGUCACGUUGCCGGCAAGGUACGACAUUAUUGUCAGAUCUUCCCUCAAGUCUCCAUCGACCUGGUGGUUAGACCGAUAACGGACGGGGUGAUUAAGAUACGUCUGUUAAUCACGCCCAGGUUUAGAUGGGAUCACAGCGUUCACGGAACAGUGCAGCACUAUUACGCAUGGGUUGAAGAUCCCAAUCACGACAGUAUUUAUCAUUUUGAGAAUUUUAUCAUCACUAAAAAGAUUUGCAUCACCGAGGAACCCAUUGAACUUAUCUUUACGGUGCCUUUGACUAAGCCAUUGUCCCCUGAGUACUACGUGCGAGUUGCCAACAGCCAGUUUAUGCAUUCUGAGACGACGGAGGUGAUCAACUUGGAAGAUCUGAAGAUUUUUUCCAGCGAAUCGUUCCAAACUAAAAUACUGGACGUACAACCACUGUCGAAGUCGGUCCUGAGAAACAAAUCCUACGAAGACCUGUACCCGUUCACGCAUUUCAACGCCGUACAAAGCCAAGUGUUCCAUUCCUGCUACCACACCGACACCCCCAUCAUUCUGGGCGCACCCACCGGUUCGGGAAAGACAAUAGUAGCCGAACUGUGCAUCUUACGGCUGUUCAUGCAUCAACCCACACUUAAAGUCGUCUACAUCGCACCCAUGAAGGCUCUGGUACGCGAAAGGGUGCUGGAUUGGUCGAAAAAGUUCGCCAAAAUCAAGAAGAAAGUGGUCGAAGUGACCGGCGACAUUACCCCACGUUCGGAGAUCAUCCGUACGGCCAAUAUUAUCAUUACGACGCCAGAAAAGUGGGAUGCGAUGAGUAGGAACUGGAUGCAGAAAGAUUUUGUUCGUGAAGUGGGACUUAUGGUUAUCGACGAAAUACACUUGUUGGGAGAGGAUCGCGGUCCGGUUUUGGAGGUGAUCGUUUCCAGAAUGAAUUAUAUCAAUCAUAAAUCUAACAAGCAGAUCCGGAUUGUCGGCCUAUCGACGGCUAUGGCGAACCCAAGAGAUUUAGCUUAUUGGUUAAACGCUGAUAAGAGAGGUUUGUUCAACUUCAGCUCGGCUGUUCGUCCGGUGCCUCUAGAAAUUCACCUGCAGGGUUUCCAGGUGAAAAAUUACUGCCCCAGGAUGGCGGCGAUGAACAAGUCGGUAUACCAAGCAAUAUGCCAGUACGCCGAAACCAGUUCCGCCCUAAUAUUCGUAUCGUCACGUAAACAGACUCGCAUAACCGGCUACGAAAUGAUGAAGUUCCUGUUGACAGAAUCGAAUCCUCAAAAAUGGGUACACAUAGAUCAGCAUGAACUGGAAGCGGUCAAAGACCGAGUGAUCGAUCAAGAUCUGAGUCAGCUACUGACGUUCGGCAUCGGUAUGCACCACGCCGGUCUGACGGACACGGACAGACAAAUUGUGGAAGAACUGUACGUGAACCAGAAGAUCCAGGUGCUCAUUGCCACCGCCACAUUGGCCUGGGGCGUCAACUUCCCCGCCAGAUUGGUCAUAGUUAAGGGCACAGAGUACUUUGACGGCGCGACGAAACGUUACGUGGACAUGCCGGUUACCGACGUCAUACAAAUGGUGGGAAGAGCGGGUCGUCCUCAAUUCGAUACGACCGGCAUUGCGUGCGUCAUGGUCCAAGAGAACAAGAAGGGUUUCUACAGGAAGUUCUUGUUCGAACCUUUUCCUGUGGAGUCGAAUCUGUUGGCACUGCUUCCAGAUCACGUGAACGCCGAAGUGGCCAACGGCAACAUCACCACCAAGGGACAAUUGGUGGAGUUCAUCGAGAGCACGUUCUUCUACAAGAGACUGUUGAGCAAUCCGUCGUACUACCAGAUGGAUCCGGACUCCGAUCCGGAUCAGUUUGUUUCCGAUUUGGCUGAUUCUGUCAUACAAACGUUACAGGAUCAUGAGUGUGUGGUCAUACAAGAUGAACAAAUGAAACAUUUGUACGAGCCCACCUUCUUGGGAUCCUUGGCGGCGCAGUAUUAUUUGUCGCACAAAACGGUGCAUUUUUUGAGAGAAAACAUGCGAGCUGACUGUUCAAUGGACGAUUUCCUUCAAUUUAUUUGCCAGGCUGAAGAAUACGCGCUGUUUCCGGUACGACACAAUGAGGAUAACAUCAACAAGGAUCUGGCAAGAGAACUGGGUGUUAAGUCAUCAUUACCCUUCGAUUCACCCGCUCUAAAAGUAAUGUUAAUGAUCAAAUGUUACCUUUUAGAAGUGAGUUUGCCCAAUCAAGAUUACGCCAUUGAUUUGAAAAACGUGUUGGAUCAAAUUAUCAGAAUCAUUCACGCGAUGAUGAAUUUGGCUGCGGCUAAUAAUUGGCUUCACAGUACCACAAAACUGAUACAUUUCUGUCAGAUGUUAAUACAAGGGAUGAUGGUUACAGAUUCAAACGUUUUAACUUUGCCAAAAAUGAAUAGCGAUACUUACAACAAUCUGAUUGAUAAACUAGUAAAAGCAAAAGUUUUAAAUCCAUCCCAACAAGACUUAACUAUUCCGAUAAUACGUUUUUUCAUGCAAGACAAAGAAAUGUCAUCGAAGAUCUCGGGAGUAUUCCAAGAAGUUGUGGGUCAUAAAACGGCAACGGAUAUUAUGAAAUUGAUAAACGACUUCCCUAUACUAACAGUUAAAACUUCUUUGAAAAACAUUCAAAACUCACAGAGUAUUCCAGUGAAUCAACACGAACUUGACAAGCAAUUAGAGUUGCAAUCAGGUGGUGAUUAUGUUUUUACUUGGGAUAUAAUCAGGGAGGGAUCAAGUAAAAUGACAGUUUAUAGUAAAAAGUUUAAUAAACAAAAGGAGGAAUUCUGGUUCCUCAUUUUCGUGGAAGGCGACAAUAUAACAUUUAGAAAGUUUGCUUUCAACAGAAGGAAUAAGAAGAUCGAAAUUCCUGUUCACAUACCUUCAGCAAGAGGUACUUACAAUUACAAAGUAUUGGUUAUGAGUGAUGUAUACAUUGGCUUUGAUCAAAGUAUUUCUUAUAAAAUAAGGGUCAACUAAAUUAUCUUUUUAUUUAUACAAAUUGUGAUAUCCACUUUUUAAAUUAUAUUUUUAUUCAAUUGUUGUUCAUAUUAUACUUGCAACAUUAAAAAUGUGUUUUAUUAGGUAACAAAUUAAACU